AUGUUUCCACUCUGCAAAGCUUGCACAGAAAACAUGAGCCAAGGUGUUUGCCAACACAGCGACGAAGAACGAGCGAUUGUUGGCACUUGGGUGACGGAGGAGGUGAAGCUAGCAGUUGAAAAGGGAUACCAACUGACGAAGAUUUAUGAAGUUUAUCAUUUCUCUAAGUCUUCAACUGAAUUAUUUAAAUCAUACAUUGACACAUUCCUGAAAAUCAAACAGGAGAGCAGUGGAUACCCAGCUGAUUGCACUACUGAUGCCGAAAAAGAAAAAUACAUUAAAGAGUAUUUAGAAAAAGAAGGAAUUCAACUGAAUCCCCAGAACAUUAAAAAAAACGCUGGCAAACGCCAAGUAUCAAAAUUAGCUCUAAACAGUUUUUGGGGGAGAUGGGGAAUGAACAUCAACAAAGUGCAGCUCACAUAUGUCCAUUCUCUGCCGCAGUUUAAUAAAAUUUUGGCUGACCCAACAAAAAAUAUAAAGGAUAUAUACCUACCUACCGCAGAAGUCGCUGCUCUCGUGUGGGACAACCAGAAAGAGUUCGUGCAACAAGAAACUACAACAAAUGUUUUCCUCGCUGCAUUCACGACUUCCUGGGCUCGGAUGAAAUUAUACACCGAGAUGGAUAAAUUGGGAAAAGCCGUCCUUUACCAUGAUACUGAUAGUAUUAUAUAUGCCUCAAAUGGAGUCAACGACCCACCAAUCGGAAAUUUUCUAGGCGAGUUUACUGAUGAGCUGAAUGGUGAUGAAAUCACAACAUUCAUUUCGGGAGGUCCUAAAAAUUACGCUUAUGUAACCAAACAAGGAAAGACUUGCUGCAAAGUGCGAGGGUUCACUCUGAACUUUAGGAACUCUCAAAAAUUGAAUUUUGAUUCAAUGCGGAAUCUGGUUUGCAGUAUGGACGAAAAUGAAUCCAUUAGUUUGGUGAAUCCUACGAAAAUCACCAGAGAUGGAAAACGUAGGAAAGUAUCUAACAAAAAGGAGGUAAAAUUAUACAAAAUUAUUUAUAACAAACGUGUUUUGAAAGAGGACUUAACUACAUUACCAUAUGGGUAUUGAUGUGUUUCUCAACAUUAACAAGAGAACAUAUGUCUGUGUGUGUGUAAAUAUUAUUAUAAUUGUGUUAACUUAUGACUGUUUUCAAUAUUUCUUGAUAUUAUUAUUAUUGACUAUAAAUGCAGCAGUUACAAUUUUUUAUGUAACUAACAUGUAAAAAAAUAUGUGUAAAUAAAAAUGUUUUUCAGU